AUGUCGCCUGCUGUUACUACAGCUGCACUUGAAGUCAUUCGUAGAAACUAUCUAACCAGAUCACUGAGGCAGAAGCAAGGCAGUGGCGAGGGACAGACCGAUGCAGCCACAACUUUCAAAAUUGAGGCCAACAGGAAGGCCACACUCAUAUGGUUGAAUAUGUCGUCUGCUUCAGUAUUUGAGGUUGUCGUGGUUAGCGCUGUAGAUGCUGUCGUCGCUGUUAGCGUUGUGGCUGUGGUUGUUGCUGUUGUAGCUGCUGUCGUUGUUAGCGUUGUGGCUGUGAACAUGUUCCCAUCACUGCAAAUGAUCAGGAAUGCAUAG